CACCAUCCUAACAUUAUGUUAUUCUUUUUAAAACACUACAGUAUUGUCAUUCCAUUGACAACUUCUGAGUUCCAAACGAUGCCGUUCGUGGGUAAUAAAAAGUGACUUCCAAUUGUUAUUUUUCUUUUGCCCUGGGAAAAUUACUAAAAGUGUAACAAUAACAAAAGAAAAAAGAGACGUUUUCUUUUACUAUAAAUAACACUAUGCUUGUUUCUACCUUUUCUAAAAAUCUGUUCAAAUCAUUCCGAUUAACUACCCCAUAUCGAUCAUUUAAGACAAUGCCUCACCAACAACAACAUAUGUACGAUCUGCAAAGUGAUACGUCUACGGCGCCUACGGACGAAAUGUUUGACAUUAUGAAGUUAGCAAGUCGUGGGGAUGAUGUAUUUUCUGAAGAUACAAGUGUCAAUAAUCUGGAGUCAUACGUUGCAAAUCUUUUAGGCCAAGAAGCUGCAUUAUUUUGUGUCAGUGGGUGCAUGACAAAUCAACUUGGUCUUCGCUUGUUACUGACACAACCACCCCAUUCUGUCUUAUGUGAUGCAAGAGCUCAUGUAUAUAACUAUGAAUGUGGUGGUAUUGCCUAUCAUUCACAAGCAAGUGUCUCACCCGUCAUGCCAAAAAACGGUCAUCAUUUAACAGUUGAAGAUAUUGCCUCUAAUUUAAUCACCGAUACGCUUUGCUCACCUGUCACCAAGGUAGUUUCCUUGGAAAAUACAUUAAAUGGCACCAUUAUGCCAUUAGCCGAAAUUAAACGCAUUCGGGAAUUCACAAGUAAUAACGGAUUAAAAUUACAUUUGGACGGAGCUCGUUUAUGGAAUGCUAGUCAAGCGACAGGAAUUCCUUUGCAUGAAUACGGUCAACACUUUGAUACGAUUUCUGUUUGUUUAUCAAAGGGCGUGGGAGCCCCCAUCGGUUCUAUUUUGGCUGGAUCAAGGGAAAAUAUUCAGCGUGCUCGUCACCUUAGAAAGUUAAUGGGCGGCGGUUGGAGACAAGCAGGACUCUUGGCUGCUGCUGCUAAAUAUUGUAUAGAAACUGUUGUACCUACCAUGCCUGAAACACAUCGUCUCGCAAAAGAACUCGCUUCUUCGUUUGAGAAGUUAGGCAUGACUUUGAGUAUGCCUUGUGAGACCAACAUGGUUUUUAUUGACACUGCUAAUGUUCGUUUGACAGUUGAUGAUUUGCAUCAUGCCUUGAAGGCAAAGAACAUUAUCAUCAGUAGCGGAUCAGGUACUCAAGCAAGAAUAGUAUUACACUAUCAAAUCACCCAGCAUGUUAUCGAUACAGUAAUUCAAAUUACUACUGAUUUGGUUGAGCAAAGAAGAUUAGAUCCUACACCCACUCGCACUGUACAAAAUAAUACACAAAAUAACUCGGUCUAUCCUACCAAAUAAAACAUAUAU